AUGAACCUGGCAUCUGAGUUGGGGAUCAAAGAGCUGUUGCCUGCGUAUCUGGAUCCAACGGUGGAGAUCCAAGUCCUCGUUACCGGCGUAAGCUUCGCUUCUGCUGGAUCAGGCUAUGAUAACCUAACUGCUGAAUUCCAGGUACAAAAGCUGGUCUUAUUUGUCAGAUGUGCAGAUAUAAAAAGAGACUGUAAUCCUGGAAACGGAUUGGCUACUCCCCCUGGCACCAGCCCAGUUGCUGGUGGUCAGUGCUCUUCAGUGAUUCCUGUGUGGAAGCAGUUGGAGUGGUUGGGAGAAUGCCUGAAGAGAAUGACGGAGGAGGUUGGAGAGGACAGAGUGGAGGAAAUAGUGGCCCACUCUUUGUACGGUGUGAUCUUGGGGAGCAACGAUUUGCUAGUCACGUACUUCUCCACGCACUUUAGAAAAGUGCAGUAUGAACCUCCGGCGUACGUUAGGUUACUGGUGGAUGCUGCGUCUAACGUAGUUAAGGAAUUAUAUGGCAUGGGAGCUCGGAAGAUCGCGGUUGUUGGGUCCCCACCAUUGGGUUGUCUCCCUUUUCAAAGAACAGUGGGAGGAGGAGCACUUAGAGAGUGUGAUGAGUCCGUGAACAAUGCUUCUAUGAUCUACAACAGUCAGCUCUCAAAGGCUAUAAAGUCACUUGCUGCUCAGCUUGAAGGCUCCAAGGUAGUCUAUGUGGACAUCUACACCCUCAUGUUCGACAUCAUCAACCACCCCCAAAAUUACGGUAAUUCAAAUCCAAGUAACUUACCAUCUUUGUUUCGAAUCCAAAUUAGGCAGGUUUGGUGUUUGGCUCAAAUUCAAUAGUUACUCCCUACGCGAAUCAAACCAAACGUCUUGUGAACCAAUUAAGAUUGGCUAUCUAUGCAGCCACCGAUUACACAAAAUCAAUUGAUUAGUUUGGGGGAUGUGGGUU